GAUGACACAACAUUGUCAUCGGAUAAUCCGCGCGUGUUUUUUUUAUUUAAAAUAAAUACUAGCAUCGCCAUUUAACCUGCCCGCCAUUGACUCAACAAUCAACAAAUCGUCAUUUUCAAUUUAACACAACAUCCUAAGCAAACUCACAACCACUUAACAACUCAAGUGCUCAAGUGGAGACACCCAAUCAUCUUCGCUGCACUUCAUUUGUUUUUGUUUUGAGAAAAAGUGAAAGUACUCGUUUGUAAUUCCAUUAAAAAACAGUUGAUGCUCACGUUUUGUCAUUACCGUUACUGCAUAGAUAUAUUUCGACUACACCCGUGUUAUUGCACUCGGUCGUUUCGGGUGGGAGUAGAGUAGGUAGUGUAUGUAAGGUGAUAUACUUGUGUGUCUUUAUGCUAUAUUUCGGCUAUAAAUCCUUUCUCUACAUAAAUAUAUACGUCUGUGUGUAUGUGUUAAAAUAAUUAUUGAUUAAAUAAACUGCUGGUCAAUAGUGAGAGUGAAGCAGUGCGCCAAAUUCUGAAUUUAUUGUAUUCGGUGUAUUUGGUUAACGAAAAUUCAGCGAAAUCAACAUCUUUAAUUUGCAUAUACAGCGUGCGUUAUGGAUUUUACGAAAUUCAUGAAUAAAUUUAAUGAAAUCGAACGUACACUCUCACCAACUUCAUCUUUACGUUUAACUUUUGACAACAUCUCACCGGAAAGCGAGGAGCCUGAUGCGAAUAAACGUCUCUGGGGUGUGCCUGUGCCACCAUUUGUGUCUGAUAAAGUUGUUUCGUGGAUUGAAGAGGAAUUCAAUGAACCACCAAUCUAUUAUAAUGGCAAUGCAGUGAUACGUAAGGUGGAAAAUGUGCGUAUGAUAGACCGUUACAAUGCCAAAAAUCCUACAGUGGGAACCCUCUACUUGACCGCCACACAUUUAAUCUUUGUGGAGCCAGACAGCAAUAAAGAAACAUGGAUAUUACAUAUGCACAUUGCAAAUAUAGAGAAAUUACCGUUAAGCACAACCGGCUCACCAUUAUUGAUACGCUGCAAAACUUUCCUAUCAGUCACAUUCGUUAUUCCAAAGGAUUCUGAGUGUCAUGAUGUGUACACAUCAUUAAUGAAGCUCUAUCAACCUGUUUCCAUUAACAAGCUCUACUGCUUUAACUACCAACCAGCCAAGGAUGACUUUCCAAAGUCAUCGGGAUGGGACUUUUUCAAAUUGGAAAACGAAUUCAGGCGUCUGCGAGUGCCAAACGAUAUUUGGACAUUGUGCACUUUGAAUAUGAACUAUGAGCUGUGCGAUACAUAUCCGCGGCAGAUUUACGUGCCACAAGAGGCCAACACAGCCAUGUUAAUUGGCAGCUCACGUUUUCGGUCCAAAGGUCGCUUGCCGGCACUUACCUAUUUACACUCGAAUAAGGCAUCCAUCUGUCGCUGCAGCCAACCGUUGUCGGGUUUUAGUGCACGCUGUUUGGAGGAUGAGCAGAUGCUCGAGGCAAUACGCAAAACAAAUCCUAACACCGACUAUAUGUACGUUGUGGACACUCGACCGAGGAUUAACGCAAUGGCCAACCGCGCAGCUGGAAAGGGCUACGAAAACGAAGCUUUCUAUGAGAAUAUCAAAUUCCAUUUUCUCGGUAUUGAGAAUAUACACGUACAACGCACCAGUCUACAGAAAUUAAUUGAAGCUUGCGAACAAAAGACACCCACAAUGAGUGGAUUUCUUAAUUCCUUAGAAUCUUCCGGUUGGUUGAAGAACAUACGUUCCAUUUUGGACACUUCAAGCUUUAUCGCCAGUGCCGUGGAUAAAGGUGUCUCCGUGGUGGUGCACUGCUCAGAUGGCUGGGAUCGUACAGCACAGGUUUGCUCACUGGCAGCGCUAAUGUUGGAUCCCUACUAUCGGACAAUUAAAGGAUUUCAGGCUUUAAUUGAAAAGGACUGGCUCGCUUUUGGUCACAAAUUCAGUGAACGCUGUGGACACGUACAAACCGAUCAGCGUGAGGUCUCACCGAUUUUCACACAAUUUCUCGACUGCACUUGGCAGUUGAUGACACAGCGCAGUGAUGCAUUUGAAUUUAAUGAACGUUUCCUGCUCAUACUGCACGAUCAUGUGCAUUCGUGUCAAUUUGGCACGUUCGUGGGUAAUUGUGAGAAGGAUCGAUUGGAUUUGAAAUUAUCAGAACGCACAUUUUCCUUGUGGGGCUUUAUGGCAAAUCAUUUGAAUGAAUAUAUUAAUCCGCUGUAUAAACCGGAUGUGGAUAAGACGAUAAAGCCCAAUUUGCAGCCGCAAUGUAUUAAGUUUUGGCGUGGCAUGUUUAGUCGUUUCGAAAGCGGCGUACAUCCACGUGAACCGCUUAGCGACUUGUUGCUUGUGAGCAAGGAUCAUUGUACUUCGUUGGAGGAUCACGUGCAGCAUUUAACGAAGCGCAUUGCCAGCUUCAAAAACUACAUUUCAAAAUCCGCUAAGAAGCUGCAAGAUGCCACCGCUAAAACUUAUAAAGAGCCUGCGUCGGAGAUCAAUGACAAUAAAUACAAUUACGACAGAAAGAUGAGCGAACUUUCCUCAGCAGAUGAUGAUCAUCCGCUUAAGCCCACAGAAAUGUCCUUUGCUAACCUUUCGUUAAAUGAACGCAUUGAUUCUGCGAGCAUUAAAGAAGAAAUCAAUUCGGUUGCUGUUGAUUGGAAAUCGAUGCGCAAUGUGACAGCCUGCUCAUGUUCCACACCAUUCGAUCAGUUUAGCAAGAAGACACAUUGCUGGAAAUGCGGCGACAUCUUUUGCGAACGUUGCAUAGACAAGAGUAUACCCUUACCCGGACAAGAUAGCGGUAAACCGGUGCCGGUGUGUCGUACCUGUUUUCGGUUAGUGCAAAAGACCAGCCCAUGAAUGCACAGUACCGCGUGUGCAAGUUGCAAGAGCGAGUAGUGGAAAGAAAACUAAAAUAAUUAUAUUCCUCGGGUGUGUUGCGUGCAAUGUUGAAUGCUUCUCUUUUUUUUAUGAGACUGUUGCUGUGUUUAGCUUAGAGUAAAGAAUGCAUGUGUAUGGAGGUGGUAAAAGCUAAAGUUAGCCAUUUCACUUAUGUGUGUAUGUGUUUAAGACAUGAAAGUACAAGACAUGAUUUAGCAAUAUGAGAAGGUAUGUAAAUUAAUCAUAAAAAGAUGUACAAUUUUAUCACAAAUAAAUAAUAUGCAAAAACAAAUGAAAGAGGAUGAAAAAGUGUUAAAAGCAUUAAGCUUGUAUUAAAGUAAAGAAAAAAAUCAAAAAAAAAAUUAUUUGUUGCAUUUCUAGUUUACCGUUAAGCAAGUAAAUAAAUCAAAAUUACUGAAAAAAAAUGCAAAAGAAGAAACAAAAAUUCUGUGUUUAACGUUCAAUUGAAAAUAUAAAAAUAAAAUGUAUGUAUAUGUAUUGUAUUAUAGCAAGUAGAGCAACAUAAACGCAAGUAGUACCACAAUACAUACCAUUUCCAAAUAAAAAUCUUCAACUAUAAUAAUUAGAACUAAGUACCCAAGUGCUCUCCAACUCCAAUAUUAAAAUUUACAAAGUUUAUUUGUAUUAAUUAGAAAAGGUAUGCAUUUUAUUCUUCUUGAUAACGAUUUUUGAAUUGAAAAUGUUUCGAAAUCCAUUCUUUAUUUCUCUCUUAUCUAGAGUUGGACUCAAAACAACCAAUUUCAAGACACCCACCUUCAUUUUGAAGUUUUAAUUUUGGUGUCCUUAUAAUAUCAAGCGUAAAAAUCAGAAAAAAACCAAAUAUUGUAGACAAAAAUUAGACAAAUUUGUAUUACACAUAUUUGAAAUUACACUGGCAUCCCUACCAAAAAGUGAAAAUUUGAAUUGAAAAAAGUUAAAAGUAACCUAACCGAGACAAAUUACCAAUCGCAUUAAAUAGCACAGGUCCAUCAAUGUAGAUAUUAAGGUUUGAGCAAAAGAAUAAAUAAAGUAGCUUCUUAAUGUGAAUUAAUUUCGAAACAAAAUUGCAGCACAACAGAGAAAAUAAUUUUCAAUCUCAUUUUACAAAUCAGUCAAUGAAUUAGUUGCUAAAUUUACAAUCGAAACAACACAAAACCCACAAUGCUUGUAAAAUAAAUCGCUGUAUGAAAAUAUAAAGCAGCCCACAUGUUUUCGAAAGAUUUAUUAUUUUACAUUUUAGCACCAAAACAAAGAAAAAUUAGUAAUUUAAUGUAUUUUAUGCUCAUUACAGCAAUACAAUCAUCAGAUGUGCACAAUUAUAUCCAUGUAAAUGAUAAGGGUAUAUUUUUCUGUACAAGUAUUUAUACGCCAUUCGAAUAUAAAAAUUACUUAAGUACCAAACAUUUAUUAUAAUUUUUAGAAGCUUUAUUUUUUUCUUUUUUUUUUUAAUUUUUUUUGUACAUUUAUUUUGUUUUAUUUUUUGUUUUAUUACUGAUUUUGUCAGUUUCGUAUUACUACAAGGCGAAAAGGAUGAAAACGCCUGUAUAGAAUGCAAACAGUCGUUAUUCAAUGUCUAUUAUAUCUGAUAUAAAGAUUUUAAAAUAAACAAGUAUUCAGUA